AUGAGAAUAAGAAAAUUCUGCUGUGAAAAUCAACACGACGACAACUCCUGGUUGAAGAUCGCAAAAGUGUGUUUGGAUAAGUGAGAUCUCUCAAAAAAGAUCGAUUUGGCUCGUGAACAACACGAUCCAACCAAAGCCCUCCUUAAAAGCCUAGAAAAUUGCUUCAAGAAGCGACUAUUGCAGUUUAGUCCCACCGACCAACUGAAAAAAAGUACAUUGAACAAAAAAAUUUGGAAAAAUUAUCAAAAAUCUUUUGAAUUUCAUUAUUUAGCGAGCAGUAAUCUUCGUAUUGUUUUUUUAUCUGCUGAAUAUGUCUGAAAUUUAUGAAUAAAUUUUUUUCAUAAAAAAUGUAAUUUAUGACUUUUUUUCAAAAAUAAAUUAAUAGAAUAAUUACAAUUAUUCCUAUUUCAGGCGAUAAAUUGUUGUAGGGAUAAGAGGUGGUUCCACUAGCUUUUCGAAAGAAGCUGUUCGAAGAAGCUCACUCGGGGUCACUGGCAGGACACUGGGCGUCUCAGAAAGUACAGGAAAAGCUGAAGGAAAAUUAUUUCUGGCCGUCAAUGUGGAAAAAAAUUAACAAAUGGUCAAGAGAAUGCGUUAAGUGCCUUCUCUUCAAUGAUGCUCCGCAACUUACAGCACCCCUGAACCCUUACAUAACCAGCGAACCACUAGAAAUAGUCGCGCUAGAUCUGAUCGACAUGGGACGAGCGGCUUCUGGGAAUCGUUACAUCCUCACGAUUAUCGACCACUUCACGAAAUUCGCUGCAGCUCAUCCUAUCCAGAACAAGAUUGGAGAAACCGUGGCAACUACGCUCACAGAGAACUGGCUCCUUCGGAAAGGAAGGAUACCGGAGACGAUCCUGACAGACCAAGGAAAUGAAUUCAAAAAUGAUCUCAUGGAAACGGUCACCAAAAUGAUGGGAAGCAAGCACGUCCAGACCAAAAGCUAUAACAGCCGUGAAAACGGAUGCGUGGGAAGAUUCAAACGAACGCUGGAAAGUAUCCUGAAAAAGAAAAUGGCUAUUACCACGGAUUGGGACAAGUUGGUGCCGGCGGCUGUAUUUGCCUAUAACAGUACCAAACAUGGCACGACAGGGGAAUCCCCUUAUUUCCUAAUGUACGGAAGAGAUCCUCGAAUUCCAAGCGAAAUCGAGGACAAAUUCAAACCAAAAUGGGUUCAAAACUAUCUAGACUCAUACAAGUACACCUUAAUGGAAGUGCUAUAUCAAGCUCAUGACAAAGCCAGGGCGAACCUCCUCAAAGAAGGAGCAGCCAUGAAAAGACAGUUCGAUAAAAAGAAUAAAAAAGAAAAAACGUUUCCGAAAGUCGGAGACCGAGUCCUACUGUGUGUACCUACCGAAGCAGCUAACUCAAAGCACCCGAAGCUCGUGAGCGGCUGGUCGGGACCAUUUCGAGAGAAGGAGACGUCAGGAACUUCAGCUUUGAUAACACCUAUACUAUGGAAAGAAGACCCGAUGUUUGUGCCAUUCGACCACCUGAAGAUAGUACUUAAAGAAGUCGCCGAAAAUGUCAAAAUGGACACAAAAAGGAAAAGAAGGGGACGAAAACCGGUGGUGGUGGCUUCCUUAUACCUAAACGGGAGGAAAAAACGAUCAAAAAAUCAAAGGUUUUCAGUAUUCUCAGCAUAACGUGGCCAAUUGCAGAUGCCUAGCGGUGGUCGAAGCCAAUUCCAAAACAUUGACGUGCGCCUGUGCAACGAACCAUCCCCAGCCUCUCCGAACUGGCGCAACGACAAAAAGCUAAAGAGCGAUUCCCAGAGUGCGGAGCGCUCAGGAUGUUGGCGCGAGUCGCGGCGAAACCUGAACUCAUCCUGACAAUGGAAGAAUUAUUGGCAGUGCAAGCUCGCUUGACUUGCUUACUAACGGUGCGAGAAAUUUUGUUGUUGUUCGACACAAGGACCAGUGGAGCCGAGCCGCAGCAAAAGAAAGAAAAAAAACGCUUGGGCGGCAGUGGAAUCCCUGCGAAAAGAUUGGACAGAUCACUGGGAGCCGAAAAAGGUUCUCCUACAUCACGCGAGGAUUCUUCUCGUACUCGAAAAACUUCAAAAUUAAAUCCAACUCGAGGGAUACACCAGCUUUGGACAUAGGACGUCCGAAAGCUUCGCGAAGUUCAUGAUGGGAGCAGAUUUUUCGAAGGUCUCAGAAGUUCUGAUCGUGCUGCCAAUCAACGUGCGGUGGACCCAAGAAAAUGCGGAAACUCUCGCCAAAAGCUGUGAGAACAUCCACGCCGGCACGAACUACAUCGUCGUUCCUUUCCACGCAGAAGCCGCGGCGAUCGGUUGCAGUGUCGCCACAAUGGAAAAGUGGGCGAAUGCGAAAAGGUUAAACGUGGUUUUGCCUAAACGAGCGUUACCAGAAAAUCCUGCAGUACAGCUGUAGUUUUUCAAAAACGCAUCCUCUACACCCUCAAAGAAAGUGCUGCCGACUUGGACGAAGGCGGUGGGGAUGAUUUUCUCGUCCUUGCCGGCCUUCAGAACGAAACCGGAAGAACUGCCAGAAGAAGAUCAAGAACGAGGAAGUUGGCACGGCAUUAAAAAUCAGAGGACCCAUUUUCAUCCCGGGAUAAAGCGCACAGCAUAUCGUGUGAAGCCUCAUGAGGCGAAAGCACAGGCAUCGGACAGCAGGCGGGGAAAACCGGCCCGGGGCGGGCCUCUCUAAGGCCGGGGGAAGUUGAUCUUCCGCGACAGUGAUCUACGAGUCAAAGAAAUGCGGCAAAUUUCCCUCUGUUAUCCCCUCUCAAUUUUCAUCAGUUUUUCCUCGUCGUAAUUUUGCUAUUCUUUUAAGUUCUUUGUUCUUUCUAAAUAGUUUACUUUUUAUUUUUUAUUAUUUAUCUAUUAUAGUUAUUUGUAACUACCUCGGUUUUUGAAGUAAUUCCUUAUUCAAACGAUUACCACUCUUUUAUUUUAAUAAUUACGCGUUAUUAACUUUUCGUUCAGUUGUGAGCCCGCCUCGUUUCUCAAACUCACUAGGUAUAAGUUAGUAAAGUCUUUUAUUUGAAAGAAAUCGUUGUUCGUGUUAUAAAAAAUCGCGUAAUUGCGCUUUAGAAUUGCAAGUCCUCGGACACUUAAGUGUUCACUAAGCGAGAGUCGUCGAGGGGCGAGGUCUUAGACCCAGCCAGCGUUGCUUCGUCGUGUCUCUCUGUCGAAGCUGCUCCGACGACUGCGGAAAACCGUGUUGUGGCUCUUGCCCGCCGGUUCAACUUCCCUCUCCUGUAG